AUGGAGGAGUCAGCCGAUGUCAAGGCCAAGAAGGCUGGGGCUCGCCUGUGCUGCCUCUGUCAUCAGAAAAAAGCUGCCCUGAAGAGGCCCAAAACCCUAGAGCAGAUUUGCAGGGAGUGUUUCUAUGAGGUAUUUGAGGAGGAGAUCCAUCAGGUAAUUGUCGAAAACCAGUUAUUUAAGCCUGGUGAGCGCAUUGCCCUUGGCGCCUCUGGUGGGAAAGGCGGCACAAUUACGGCCUGGAUCUCUUCCUGUUGUCAGUGGAUGAGGGCAUUACUGGCUACAGGGAUGAUUCUCUUGAGACCGUCAAAAAGAAAUGAAAUCCAGUAUGGUUUGCCUCUAAAAAUAGUCUCGUACAAGGAUUUGUAUGGGUGGACCAUGGAUGAAAUAGUUAAGAUGAUUGGUCUCAAGAAUAAUUGCACCUUCUGUGGUGUUUUUCGUCGUCAGGCCCUCGAUCGCGGUGCUGCAUUGUUGAAGGUAGACAAGCUCGCUACCGGACAUAAUGCAGAUGAUAUUGCUGAAACAGUUCUGUUGAACAUAUUACGAGGUGACAUUGCAAGAUUGAGUAGAUGCACUUCAAUUGUCACUGGCAUUUAUUCACCCAAUGCUUAUCGUGGUUUUGCUCGCGAGUUCAUCAAGGAUUUGGAAAGAAUCAGACCUAGAGCCAUACUUGACAUCAUCAAAUCAGGAGAGAACUUCAGAAUUUCCACUUCUACAAAAAUGCCAGAGCAGGGGACAUGUGAACGGUGUGGUUACAUUUCAAGCCAGAAAUGGUGUAAGGCCUGUGUUUUGCUUGAGGGGCUGAAUAGGGGUUUGCCAAAGCUGGGAAUUGGACGGACUCGUGGACUUAAUAACGAUGAUAAGAAGGAUACAAAGAAAAAUAAUGGAACCAAAAGCAUCGAAAGCAAACAGUGUGGAACUUUGGACUUCUGA